AUGACGACGGCGAAAAUGUUUGAAGAAGCAAAAACAAGAAUAACGAACAGCUACUCCGGAUGGCAACCAGAACCGGACCGGGAUUUCGUCAAAGAAGUACUCUUAAAAGAGUGCGAAGAGAAUCCAAAUUCGUUUCGAGAGGAAAUUAUCAACACGAGGACGCCGUGUAAACUCAUCGGAGGGUUUAAGGAGACAGAAUUUGAGUGCCUCUCCAGUUGGUCGAACGCGUAUUUGCGAGAGAAGUGCCGAGAGGAAACGGAGACGGUCAUUGUUGAGGUUAAAGAAGAUGACGACGAUGUUGAAGAAGACAAAGAAGAAGAAGGGGAGGAAAGAAGAAGCGAAUUCGGGAAAGGCACUCGAGAGCGAAUGCAAUUCGCGGAUUUCAUGACUGCGUUUGAACGAGGCGACCACUCGAAAUAUCUCUCCGCCAGCAACGGCGAACGGUGCGAUAAGCGCGACGGACGACCGGAGAUAUUAUCCGUACCUUUAAAGAGUUUAGUAAACCCGUUUAUGCUCUUUGGGAAUGAAUUGAGAAGGAAGCAAUGGAGCAACGAAAAGCGCGAGCGGGAUUUGACCGCGUUGGACGGGGAAGGUAAAGUGCCGCUGCGACCGAAACUCAUGGGCUGGUCGGCAGUUUCAACCGUGAAUAUGUGGAUGGGAAGAGGCACGAGAGGAGAAACGAGCAGUGGUUUACAUCACGAUUUCCACGAUAACUUGUACGUCCUAGCGAGAGGGUUUAAGCGGUUCGAGUUGUACGCGCCGAGCGAGUGCGAGAAGAUGUAUUUGAAAGGACGAGCGACUCGCGUGUGCGAGAACGGGAUGAUUUGUUACGACGACGAGACGCCGAGUUACGGGAAGGAUUUUGAUGCGGCGAAAGAGAGAGUGGAGAGAGAGCAAAAAAGGUUGGAGAAGCAGUGGGCGAUAGAGAGAGGUGAAGUGAAAAAGGAAAAAGAGAAGAAGGAGGAGGAAGAGGAGGAGGAGGAGGAGGACGACGAAGAUUUCGAGUUUGACGAAGACACGUUCGUGGACGAUUACGUAGACUCGGAUGAAGGAGAAGAAGAAGAAGAAGAAGAAGAAGAAGAAGAGAAGGAUAAAACCGCGAACAACAAGCGCCAAAAAACAUAUGAAAGAGGAAAGAAAAGAGCGUCAAAACCUCUCCCGAAAAGUUUUAGCACGGUGGAUAGAUCAAACCUCGAUCGGUUUCCAAAGUUCAAGCAGGCGAAAAAGUUGACGUGCGAACUCAAAGCUGGGGAGAUGUUGUACUUACCCGCCGGAUGGUUCCACGAAGUGUUUUCCUCCGAAAAGAACGUGUUUCAAACCAAAGAAGGGUACGAAGGCCACAUGGCUUUGAAUUACUGGUUUCAACCGCACAGCAAAGAAGGCGUGGAAGUUGAAGGCCCGCAUGGAGUCUCGUUAGAGACGCCGCCGAGUCGAAGAAUGAUUUGGGAACGCGACUUUGAGAUUUGGCUGAAUAGACAGAAAUGGUACGAACCUCCGGAGAUGGAAAAGUACGAUUACGACAUUCUAAAGAAGUAG